AUGUCGCCCCCGUCAUUGCAAACGCCGCUUUCGAAGCUGCUGGGCAUCCAGUACCCAAUAAUACUCGCCGGCAUGGCGCGCACAUCUGGUGGUCCCCUCGCGGCUGCCGUAUCAAACGCUGGCGGCCUGGGCGUGAUUGGAGGUCUAGGAUACACCCCUGAACAGCUUCAGUCCAUCAUCGACGACCUCAAGUCAAACCUUCGAGACAAGAACCUGCCGUUCGGUGUCGACCUCGCGCUUCCACAAGUCGGUGGCAGCGCACGCAAGACGAACCAUGACUACACACAUGGACAGCUCGACGAUCUCAUCGAAGUCACAAUCAAGAAUGGCGCGAAGCUGUUCGUCAGCGCUGUUGGUGUACCACCCGAGCGAACGAUCAAGAGGCUGCACGAAGCAGGCAUUCUGAUUAUGAACAUGGUCGGACACCCCAAGCACGCGAAGAAGGCACUAGACGCAGGUGUGGAUAUUGUAUGCGCUCAGGGCGGAGAAGGCGGAGGACAUACCGGCGAUAUCGCGAACAGUAUCCUGAUUCCAUCCGUCGUGGACAUCGCACGCAAAUACAAGAGCCCCCUCACAGGUCAACCAGCCAUGGUAGUGGCAGCAGGAGGAAUCUACAACGGCCGCAGCCUGGCAAGCAGUUUGAUGCAAGGCGCACAGGGUGUGUGGGUUGGUACACGCUUCGUCGCGUCCACUGAGGCCGGCUGCUCGCAAAUGCACAAGGAAAAUGUAGUUACUGCCGACUUUACAGACACAGGCCGGACACUAGUUGUCAGUGGCCGACCCUUGCGCGUCAAGUACAACGACUACAUCAAAGAGUGGCAUGCGCGCGAGGACGAGAUCAAGAAGCUGACGGAUGCGGGUAUUGUGCCGCUGGCGAAGGACAUGGACGACGGGAAGGAUGUGGAUAUUCCGUUCUUGAUGGGCCAGGUUGCGGGGGUAAUCGGCGAUAUUAAGCCUGCAAAGGAAAUUGUGGACGAGAUGGUGCAAGAGGCCGUCGACAUGCUGAGGCUAGGGCAGACGCGACACCACGGAGCAGCGGCGCAUCCUUCCAUGCAGUCAAAUCUCAGAGCCCAGGCUGAGAUUCAGGCCCAGAGGAAGAAGCAGCUUGCAAAUUCGUACAAGCAGUUACUCGAUGAGUUCGCCGCAACCGACCUCAAGACCGUCGGCAACUAUACACUGGGGAAACUUAUAGGCAAGGGGAGUUUUGGCAAGGUCUACUUGGCAUCGCACAAACUCAGCAAUGGCUCAAAGGUCGUGCUCAAGAGCGCGAAGAAAGACGACGCCAAUCUCGCGCGCGAAAUCCAUCACCACCGCCAAUUCAUACACCCGCACAUCGCCCGCCUGUACGAGGUCAUAGUGACCGAGGAGCUGGUCUGGCUGGUACUCGAGUACUGUCAGGGCGAUGAACUCUACAACUACCUCCUAGCCAAGGGCGCCCUCGAACCCUCCAGAGUCCAGAAAAUAUUCACGCAGCUCGUCGGUGCCGUGUCAUACGUCCACAACAAGUCCUGUGUCCACCGCGACCUCAAACUCGAGAACAUACUGUUGGACAAACAUGGCGAUGUCAAGUUGGUCGACUUUGGAUUCACACGCGAGUACGAGGGCAAGUCCAACUACCUGCAGACAUGGUGUGGAACCAUCUGUUACAGUGCGCCAGAGAUGCUCAAGGGCGAGAAAUACGCGGGUGAAAAGGUGGAUGUUUGGAGUUUGGGUAUCAUCCUUUAUGCGCUCUUGGUCGGCGAGCUGCCUUUCGACGAGGACGACGAGAUGGUUACGAAGAACAAGAUACUAAAAGAGGAACCAAAGUACCCAGAACACUUUCCACAGCAAGCAAGGGAGUUGUGCUCGUCGCUACUUUCAAAACGGCCCAUCUUGAGACCUACGUUGGCGGAUAUACUACAAAACCCUUGGUUGUCGGAACAUGCACCUCGCCAGCAGGAGAUCUUGAAGCUGCAGCAGCCGGCGCCCUUCUCGACCGAAUUGGAGAAGGAGGUGUUGCACCGUAUGCGUGCUGCUGGUGUGGAUAUUGACAUGGUGAUUGAGAACGUGCUGGCCCAACGAUGCGACUCAUUGGCUGGCUGGUGGGCAUUGCUACUAGAAAAGGAGGAACGCAAAGCGAAAAGAAGAGAGCGCAAACGCAAAGAAAAGGAAGCAGAGGCCAAGAGCCUCAGACGCUUGAGUGCUGCCAGUAGCCGACUUGACAAACUCGCGCCUACCAUCAGAGAGUCGGACGAAGAGGGCAUACAUGCUCCAACCACACCGAAGAGUCGCGGCAGGACUAUCAACCGAAGCAGCUUGCAUGGUGCUCCCGAGCUUCCAAAACUGCCGGAAUCAAUGACCUCUCCCAACCUUACCGUAGACGACAAGCCGCUGCCACCAAUCGAUACCCAUCGAGGUCGAAAAUCUCAUUCUUCAUCACGUCCACCACUACCCGCGAAAGAUUUGGAUCGGCGGCGAUCUCGCAGUAGCAUGCUACAAGUUGUGUCCACAAACCCCGACCUUCUCUCUCCAAAUGGCUUCGUGCCCAAGCGGCGCCGGAAGCAGCCGUUCAUCAAUCACCUUUUGUCACUCAGGAAUUGGAUAAAAGAAACGUCAAAACGAGCACGGUCGCCAGGUUCAAAAGCUAGCAGUGGACAGUCCCCGAAGAUACCUCCAAGCACGUCUUCAGAUUCAAGACGAAGGCAAAGUACAGCGAACCGUUCUUCUGUGCAUACAAAUCCCAAGUCUCCGCCGAUGCCACACACACCAGGUCCUCGACCCCGAGGUUCAACUCACGGCUCAGGCUCCAUGAGAAGGCUCUCGGCAUCCCCUGCCCCACUGACACCGCGAUCCUCGUAUCGUCGUUCUUCUGGUGGUCUCCGAGGCCGGAAAUCUACUUCCUCAUCUGUGUCUUCGAUCCGCAGUAUGCCACACCACCACCAUUCGCACUCGAAAGCUUCAUCCACAUCCUCUGCUUCACUUGUCUCUCCCGCUGUUUCUGUAAGCGGCCACUCACACAAGCCCUCCAAGUCCCCCCACAACAGCAUCAAAGUCCUCCCUGCGACUCCAACUUCCUCAAGCUUCCCUUCCAACAUUCGCCUUGUACGUUCUGGCUUCCCACCCGGCCUUAACGAGUCCAGCGCCGCUUUUGGAAACGGAAAUAGUAUUCCUCCACAAUCACCUGGUCUCAUCUUUGCAAAGAGGAAGAGGAGCCCUUUCAAAGGACCCAUGCUCAAUGUCAAUACCGGUGUUCUGAAUGGUGGCCAUGCAAACGGUGGCGCAUGGAGGAGCAGAAGCGGAGAUAGCGGCAUGGGUAGUAGAGGGACGAGUGUACAAGGACGUAGGAGUGGAGAGAUAUUGGGCAUCACAGAAGAAGAUGAGGAGGAAGAGGAAGAAGUUGAAGAGGUGGAGACAUUUGGAGGAAAAUUGGGCGAAGGCGAGUUUGUUGAAGAAGAAGGUCCUGCGCAGUUGACCCCACCUCAAGAGGAAUUCAAAGAGAAGGCUUGA